UGAGGACAACAACUUAACCCAACGUGUGGGUUUGUCAACAUGGAUGACCCUGAAAAGAAAUCCACGCUGUUUGAGGAAGUUAAAAGCGCUACAGAAAUCUGAAAAAAAUUAAAGUAAACUUUAUCAGUGCUUACAAUGGUGCACGUGGAUUUCAGAACCCUCAUUUUGCCAGUUGACAUUGUGCGGAUAUCAGCGUUUGUCCUGACAUGCACCUGCUUUUCAUUGGUGGCAUCCGUAGGUGUCGGGAACUCAAGUCUGUCCCACUGGUCCUGGUGCAUGUUCUGCUGGUGCUUCUGUUGCUUCAUGACGCUCCUCAUCCUCAUUUUGGAGUUCACCAACCUGCACACCAAGGUGCCCAUCUCGUGGGAGGACUUCACCACGGCCUUCGCCAUGUUGGCGGCACUCAUGAUGGCCACAACUUCGAUCAUCUACCCGACGUUCUUCACCUGCCCUUCUUGCUCCAGACAGAUCGGGGCAUCAACCGUCUCCUGGUUGUGUUUUGGGCUCUAUGCGGUUGAAGUAUGGUUGGUCCACAAAAGACCCGGUGAGAUUAGUGGUUUUCUCAGCACUGUUCCUGGUCUCCUUAAGAUUAUUGAAACCUUCAUUGCCUGCAUCAUAUUCACCUCUCUGGACCCGGCGGAGUACAAGAAGUUUCCUGGUCUGCAGUGGUGCGUGGCCGCCUAUUCGCUCUGCUUUGUUUUCUCAUUGCUCAUCAUCCUCCUGACCAUCGCCAGGCUGUUGCUUGUAUUUCCUCAUUUUUUUGACGUGCUGGUCACCGUCUGUAACGCGCUGGCUGCUGUUAUGUACACUACUGCUAUUGUGAUCUGGCCGCUGUAUGCAUUUAAGGGAAACCCACGGCCUGAAAAUUGUAACCACUGCGUGUGGGAUGACCUUGUCGUGGUGACCUUUAUGACUUUACUUAACUUUUUGGUGUACAUCGCAGACACGGCUUACUCUGUUAAACUUGUAUUUUUUACCCGUCAGGAGCAUGAAUAACAAGAUAUACAGUUUAAUCAACUUCAAAUUAUAUAAAUCAUUUAAACUUUAUUCCCUAGUGAGGCGUCGCUAUAAAUUAUAAAAAAUUUAGUUGAAUUGACUUAAGUUAUUUCAACUUUAUAAUAAUUUAAUAAUAAUAAUUUAUAGCAAGUUGUUUUCAGUUUCAGUAUUUUAGGACUAGUCUAAUCCCUGUCCGAAAAACCACCCCAUUGUGUUAAUAUUUAUUCAUAGAAAGAUAUGCUUUAUGGGUUAAUGAUUAACUCUUUAUAUGGCAUAUUGGCACCAUUACGGUACAUAGUAUUGGUUUAUAUCACUCAAUAAUACAAUAAUACAAACAGUUUUCUGUUAUGAAGUUGGCACAAACUUGACUCUAUUUGUGCAAUAAAGGUUUGCUUUAGUGCUGAAAGGAAAAGAAGUUGUAAUUUAAAGUUUGUAAAACUAUUUUCUGUUUUCUUAGUUAUGUUUAGGGUGUUGACUUCAAUUUUUAAACUGCUUAUUUAAUUUGCAUAUAUAAUAGAUUAUAUACUUUUAUUUGAGCACACUAUACGUAAAAUUGUUUUACUUUAUUAUAAAUAAAUUUUUCCAAUAUCUGUAC